CCUCCUCCUGUCCUCACUCCGUCUUGUCAUGGCGGCUUCAGCCCUGACCUUCGUCCAGAGGCUUCGGUGGUGGCCGCUUUGCGAAGUAAGGAUCUACUAAUGUUUAAAAGAAAACCUUUAUUAAGUAAAUGGAAGGUGGAUUUCAGAAUGUACAACUUGUGAAGUAUGCAGUGAAUGAUCUUGCACGAGUACACAGGCAUUUGUCAUGGACUCCGGUCGCUCUGCCAACUUGAGACUCUUCUUGCUUACCUCUCUCUGAUGGGAGUUGACUUUUUACCCAGCUGGCAGAAGUUGCUGGGCCUUCACCGCUCUUCUUUGGUUGCCAGUACAGCAAAGGCGAACACAAGCUGUUUGCGUUCCAGCAGUUCACCUGCACAUGACUGCAGCCACCAUGCAAGUCAGCCAGAAAGACUUUGAAAAGGCUCAAGAACAACUGAAGCUUUUGAAAAAUGAUCCUGGGAAUGAAACUAAACUGAAGCUCUAUGCUCUGUUUAAACAGGCUACUGAAGGUCCUUGCAAUUCUCCAAAACCAGGUAUGCUGGACUUUGUCAAGAAAGCCAAGUGGGAUGCAUGGAAUUCUCUUGGCAAUUUGUCUCAGGAUAAUGCCAGACAGAAAUAUACUGAACUUGUCUCGAGUCUGCUCUCAGCAGAAUCUGCUGACCAAAAGAAAGAUGCUUCUCCAGGAGAGGGCAGACAUGAUGGCUAUGAAACAAUAGUAGUUACCACCAAAAACAAUAUCACAAAGAUAAUGUUUAACCGACCUGAUAAGAAAAAUGCCAUCAACCAUAAGAUGUACAGAGAAAUUAUGAAAGCACUUGAAGAAGCUGGAAAAGAUGAUUCUACCAUAGCAGUUAUUACUGGAAAUGGAGACUACUAUAGUAGUGGAAAUGAUCUGAAUAAUUUUACUAAUAUCCAGCAAGGUGAAAUGCAGAAGAUGGCUGAAGAUGGAGCAGCAUUACUCAAAGAGUUUGUGGGUCAUUUUAUUGAUUUUCCAAAGCCACUGAUUGCAGUGAUAAAUGGCCCAGCUGUUGGAAUCUGUGUAACAGUCCUUGGAUUGUGUGACAUUGUCUAUGCUUCUGACAGGGCUACGCUUCACACCCCAUUUAGUCAACUUGGACAGAGCCCAGAAGGAUGUUCCUCUUACCUGUUUCCAAAAAUCAUGGGCUUAGCCAAGGCAAGUGAGAUGUUGCUUUUCAAUAGAAAGCUGACUGCAGCAGAAGCUUGUGCCCAGGGACUCGUGACUGAAGUCUUCCCGGACAGGACCUUUCAGAAGGAAGUUUGGGCAAGAUUAGAAGCUUAUGCAAGCCUCCCGAAAAAUUCCUUGGCUGUGUCAAAACAACUGUUACGAAGUCUGGAAAAGGAGAAGCUCCACGCAGUCAACAGUAAAGAGUGUGAAGUCUUGAAGGAGAGGUGGUUAUCUGAUGAAUGUAUAAAUGCUAUUGUCAGCUUCUUUCAGAAGAAAUCAAAACUCUGAUCUUCACCAGUAGAGUAAUUCACCUUCUGACAAUCACUUAAUCUGCCCAUAAUAAAUAUUAAUAAACUUCCUCUUCAAAUAAUAGUUCUUAUACCUUUGAUAUGACACAUUUCUGUUCUGAGUACUGACUCAAAAGAGGGUUGUAGAUUCCAUACAAUAUUAUGUGCCUUGGAUCCGUUACAGCCAUUAGGCUGGGGAAAAAGGGUUCAUUAUUCUGUAGGUAGCAGUGAUGCUUCUCAGCCCUACUAAAGCAGAUUGUCUUCCAAAAGAAGCAACAGAUUCAAUAGCACCGUAUUUUGAUAUCUCUUCAAUAAAUGUCUUGUGAAUGACUCCUUUUAUUCAUCUGUGGGGAAGGAAAUACUGUAUUAAUGAAAUAAUAAGCAGAAGUAUUUGAUUACUAUUGUGCCAACUCUUACUCCUGUUAAACAUCCCCAGUGUGAGGGAAAGUAGUUCCUGGAGGGUGUAUAACAGAAUAGUCUUACAAAAAGCAUUCGCUUGACUAACUUGAAGAUUCUCAGAGAUGUCUGUUGGGAGCUUUAUGGCUCUAAUCUUCAAUAUCUUCUUCCAUGAGUUGUUUCUUAUUGCCUUUUUUCUGUGACAAAAUCCCAUUAAAGAUAGCAUGACCUUUUACUGUA